GGUUUAAGCUGGUGUUCACGUGAGGGUUCAAUAACGUGCCGUUGUACUGCAAGUAUAGUUAAACAACAAUAAUGCGAAUACGAGUUGUAGCGACUAGCAAUGAUCUAUUUUGUAAAAAUGUAACGCCACUCGUGACUUGUGAACGUUACAAUAGGUGAUAAAAAUACUUCCUUCUUAGCUUUCAAGCCUACGUCUCACAAAGGUCUUAAGAAGGUGUUCGGAAGAAAAAAUUAAUUGAUGUGAGUAAAUUAGGUGAAUUUAAUACCUACUUUAUUAUGUACCUAAUAAAUAUCUGGGUGUAUACUUUAUAAAAAUGGGCUGAAAGUAAAAUUGAAAUUAAUUCAGUCGACAGUUAGAACAAUAUAUUGAAAUGCCUAUUUGAGUGUACUAAAAUAACGUGAACAACAAUGAUAUUGCCAUUAACAGUGUUUAAAAUAAAGAGUAAGUUAGAGCUUUUUUGGCAAAAAUGUAGGUACUUGGGUGUCUAUAACACCGGGGACACUCACGACGAUGGAAGCCAAUUGUUCGGAGACUUGUACGCCGCGUCCGGCACAUUGAUUGACCACAGCCCGAAUGUUCUCUUCUUCUUUUGGUGACAUGUCUUCUACUCUUUGGAUUAGCAAUAUGUUCUAUCGUUGUGUAAAUACGAUCUACACGAAAUAAAAAUGAUUGUUACAGUCGAAAGGGGCGUUGAUAAAGUAUUGUAUUUAAGAGACACAGACCAUCAUCUCCAUAGCAACACAACGUUGACUGUAUACAAAAAUCAAAAUAAAACCCUCGUACACAAAAUGGAAAAUCGAUAGUCUAUUAGUGUGUACUGUGAAUGUAAUCUUACCUUUAGGAAAACGUCACUUGGAGUACUGGUAACUGCAUGCACAGUAAUCCGCGGUUUAGCACAAGACUGAACGUAUAAUAUACUAUGGGGCUGUUGUCCAUGCUCAAGAGGUUAAGAUCGUCGCCAGACAAGGAGCUUCGGAUUCUGCUGCUAGGACUAGAUAACGCUGGCAAAACGACACUGAUGAAAAAGCUCGCUUCGGAAGACGUGUCGCACAUCACACCCACUCAAGGGUUCAACAUUAAGUCUGUGCAAGCGGACGGCAUGAAGUUAAACGUGUGGGACAUAGGAGGCCAGAGGAAAAUAAGACCUUAUUGGCGAAACUAUUUCGAAUUCACUGACAUAUUGAUUUAUGUAGUGGACAGCGCGGAUAGAAAACGUGUGGACGAGACAGGGUUCGAGCUUAACGAGUUGCUCAACGACGACAAGUUAUCAGGUGUGCCCGUUUUGGUUUAUGCUAACAAACAAGAUUUAGCUUUGGCUGCCAAAGCGUCGGAGAUAGCUCAAGAGUUGAACUUGCACCUGAUACGAGACCGGCCGUGGCAAAUACAAGCUUGUUCAGGAAUCCGAGGCGAAGGAAUAAAAGAGGGUUUGGAAUGGAUCAGUCAGAAUGUCAAGAAGAAGUAGCGAAUAAACACUAUUAUCAUACUAAUAUUAUUACUGUGUACACGCGCCUACUAUUAUAUAGUAUUUGUAUUAUUAAUAUGUUUUCAACGAUGUAUAAAACAAAAAUUAGAUCUUAAAUGUAGUUUAAAUUGUUACCAUUAUAUUAUAUUCUUCUAAAGUCUGACCAGAUU